AUGUCCGUCGCACGUGUCCCGUAUGCAGGUGUGCCUGCAGCCACAUGGCAGCACAAGCAUCAACCAUCGAGCGUCGAGCGUCGAGCACCGCGGCGCGCGUCAUUGAAGCCGACCGUCAACGGCCAACCUCGUGGUAUCCCCGAAACCACUGGGGGAUAUACUAUGGAGUCAAGCACCCACAGCGGAUUCCCGCACAUUAAUAUCGGCCGAAUGUUUGAACCUCGUCCAGAAGCUGCGCGCCCAACUCGCUGGCGGCCGAGUACAACAGAUGCGCCCAAAUUACGACGAAGCCUCACCAUUCCCUUGGCAGCAGCCACCGAACGGAUAACCCACGAUCAGUUCCAAACCCUCUUUUUCCGACUCCCAUAUGAGAUUCGAAUGGUUAUUUACCAGAUGGUGAUCGAUGCAUGGCACGACUGCUGGGGCGACAAAAUCCAUAUCGUCAAAGGCGCCAACCUGAGACUGCCCGUCUCCUCUAACUUAGGCAGCCAGGACCUUCUAGGCGUGCCGUGUAGGAUUCAACCUCAUGACUACGCAUCUAGGCGUGGGAUGACCAGUCCAAUACUCUGGCCCAUUUGGCAUGACCGGUGCAAAAUCGGUUGGAGGGAUCCGCCUCCACCGGCGACGCCCUGGAAUUACUGGAUCGGCCAACGAGUGACCACCAGCUUGAGUUUGUUCUUGACCUGUCGCCGGAUAUACUCGGAAGCCAUCGAUUUGCUAUACUCAUCUUUCUCAUUUGAUCUCCUCAUGAUAGCAGCCGCCCACCACUUCCUCUCCGCAAUGCCUUCACAAAGACUGCAUCAUAUCAAAUGCCUCAGUCUCAUGGUCCGCCCAUCUUUGCCGCCGGAAAUAAACCCUACUAGAGGAGAACCUGAAGGACCAGAAACGUGGCAACAAAUAUGCCGAAUAAUCAAAAGUAUGGAAGGGCUGCAAGAACUGCGCAUCAGUAUCUUCAAUCCAUGCAUGCAUUACCGCGAGAGCGAGCUGCUACACCCACUCCUGGGCACCAAGGUUCAAAACGCAAAUUUCGUUGUCGAGAUGUCUUGGGCAACUGACAAAACCAUAGCUGACACAGAGGCAUGGGGAGCUGCCCUAGUUGAACCCGUUCCGUUUACCAUCGUGAGAAGGGGCCCAAGCAUCGAGGACCAUGAGAUUGAACCUGUUAAUUUGUCUGGUUAUACCAGACCUAGGUGGAGACGAGUCCUCUCAAAUAUACUGUGGUGUCCCGUGAUGGCACCCCUAGAGCUGUUGUUAAUUGUGCUGACCAAAAUCGUUGAUUAUAAGGAAUCCCGUAAUAUUAGGCGGAACCGAGAUGGGUAG